AGUUCAGCUCCAAGCAGCAAACACAGCCUUUCUGAAGCACUGCUCCCAAAUCUUAUUCCAGCUUUGUCCCACCCACGUGUAGCUGAUCAAGAGAAUCUGAACUCUCUUCCACAACAUCAGGUGCUCAGGACUCAUUUGUUCUUCUGGCUGACUCUGCACUGGAAGGAUGGAGCUUUUCCUCCUUCACUACCCUUUUACUUUUCUGUUCAUCAUAUUUCUAGUCUUUUACCAGGUGAAACCUGCAUUCAGGUAUUUCUGCAAGAUGACCUUCUAUAAGUUGUGGCUCCUCACCCUAAGCAUUCUGGUUAUUAUGGCCAGUAUUCCUCGUGGACGUAACUUGGAAAACAUGAAGUUUUUGCGCAUGUCACUCCUGCCACUCAAAUACAUUUUUGGUAUCAAGAUAGUGGUGAAGGGAAAGGAGAACCUCAGGACUAAGAAACCUUGUGUCCUCGUGUUGAAUCACCAGACCUCCCUUGACAUUAUCGUGAUGAUGGAGAUGUUACCAAAUCGCUGUGUGCCUAUUGCAAAGAGGGAAAUCCUAUACAUGGGCACUUUCGGUCUAGCAUGCUGGCUUGCAGGACUCAUUUUCAUUGACCGCAAGAAGAGGGAAGAGUCUAUCACUACUUUGACAGAGGUGGCACACUCUCUGCACAAAGAAAAUUUUUGCGUCUUGAUCUUCCCUGAAGGAACUCGCAAUCAUGGUGGAUCUAUGUUACCCUUCAAACGUGGGGCCUUCCAGCUGGCUGUGAAAGCCCAGGUGCCCAUUAUUCCUGUAGUGAUCUCUUCCUACCGUGACUUCUACAACCAGAAGGAGAAGAGAUUUACACCAGGAAAAAGCAUCAUCCAGAUCCUGCCAGAAGUGGAGACCCUCAAUCUGGGCCCAGACGAUGUUCCCAAGCUCACUGAGCAGGUCCGUGACUCCAUGCUCAUCACCUAUCAUGAGAUAUCAGGCAUGACGAAUGGGCCUUCCCAGUAGUGAUCCUAUCUUCCAGCUCCAGCUGCGUGUGUAGCAGCUGAGGAGGAGGACAUGGCAACAACAGGGAGGUCUAGCAGCAAAGACAACUGUGGAUGGCAACCCUGACAUACCAGUGACAGACAAAACAUCCACAGAAGAAAAUCUUGUAAGUGGAGCUGGUGAGCUGGUUGCCAUAUUCCUUCUGCAGAACUGUGCCACCUGUGUGGACAGACACACAGUAGGUAGCUGGACAUUUCCUUGUAAUUGUAACCAUGAGAACUUCUCUCCAGCUGGACCCCAGGCAGAGCUGGACCCUUCCUGUUAUCAUCACUACAUGCUUAUAAUCACCUUUUCCUAUUCAAAACCAA